AUGCGUCCUUGGAGUCCUAUAGAAACUGCCUUUUUUUCAAAGCUCUAUCAAAAAUAUGGCAAUAAUUGGAAAUUAAUAUCAGAGGCGCUUAGAAGAACUCCAAAAGAAUGUCAUGAUAAGCACUUAGAACUUAAUCCUGGUUUCAGGCGACCUAGGAAUUUUCCUCCAAGACCUUGA